UCCUCCUUCACGCGCCUUUUCGUCACGCACUUCCCGGCUUCCAGGCCGGCGGGCUGUAGACGUCAUCCGACGCUGCCGACCGCCAGCCAACUGGACAGCGGUGCACCGUGAUUGAUAGGCCAAUGAGAUAUGCAAAUGAUCCCCUUAUCUCAUUGGUUGGAGGCCUGAGUAACAAAGAUGACCUCAGUGAGCUGGCCCUUUAAGAGCGCCCUUGGGACUCUGUGCCCACAGCCCCCUUGUUUUGAGCACAGAGAUACCAGGCCCAGCUCCAUGGAGCCUCCAGUUUCUGGGGAAGCUGUGCCUGCCUGGCUCUGGCACUGACCACAUCAUCUCUGCCUUCCUAAAGUGCUUCCCUCCCCACCCAGCCCCAGAAUGGCACUGCCCCCUAGCCCCCUGGCCAUGGAAUAUGUCAAUGACUUUGACUUGAUGAAGUUUGAGGUAAAGCGGGAGCCCUCUGAGGGGCGCUCUGGUCCCCCCACAGCCUCACUGGGCUCCACACCUUACAGUUCAGUGCCUCCUUCACCCACCUUCAGUGAACCAGGCAUAAUGGCGGCCACAGAUGGCCCCCGGCCAGGUCUGGACGAGCUGUACUGGUUGGCAACCCUACAGCAGCAGCUGGGGGCUGGGGAGGCCCUGGGGCUGAGUCCUGAAGAGGCUGUGGAGCUGCUGCAGGCUCAGGGCCCAGUCCCUGUGGAGGGGCCCCAUGGCUACUAUCCAGGCAGCCCAGAGGAGGCAGGAGCCCAGCAUGCCCAGCUGGCCGAGAGGUUUUCGGACGCGGCGCUGGUCUCGAUGUCUGUGCGGGAGCUAAACCGGCAGCUGCGGGGCUGCGGGCGGGACGAAGCGCUGCGGCUGAAGCAGAGGCGCCGCACGCUGAAGAACCGAGGUUACGCUCAGGCCUGUCGCUCCAAGCGGCUGCAGCAGCGUCGCGGGCUGGAGGCCGAGCGCGCCCGCCUGGCAGCACAGCUGGACGCGCUGCGGGCCGAAGUGGCCCGCUUAGCCCGGGAGCGCGACCUCUACAAGGCUCGCUGUGACCGGCUGAUCUCAAGCGGCGCGGGGUCGGGGGACCACGCCCACCUCUUCCUCUGACAGCUCAGACGCCAAGUGGUGUAGGAGGAAGGUGGAUGAGUUGGGGCAUCCCCAGGAGGCAGCUGCACAGUUCACUGGAUCAUUACCAAGCGUCUUCUGGUCCCAGCUAUCCCAGUAUGACCACACAAAUAUCCCCAAACUUCCUGGACCCUCAAGGCAUGCCCAAGUUCAGAUGCCGGUCAUUUGCUGGGAGAGGAGUCCCCUCUCUUCACGCAGGCUGUGCAGGGAAAUCCAGUCCACAGAACUAGAACUCUGAGCUCUUGCAGGCGGAAGUGUAGUGACCCAGAGAAUGGGAAGUGGGGGAGUGGUGCAGCUAUCCCCUUAGUUUAAUUUUUAAUUCAGGGGUUUCAACCUGUAGUGCAUUAAGGCUGUAAUUAGCAAAGAGGCUGUAUUUUCAUUCUGAGGUUUUAGCCUCCUCAUUUUAGGGCUACUGUGUUUUCGAGAUUUCAAUACUCAGUAGCCAGCCAGACUAGGAAGUCUAUCCAAAAUGCUUUUCCUCUGCCCAAUCCCGUGAUAUUCAAGGCCCAGAGCAGCAGGGUCCUGAGGAGUGAACACUGGGGAUGGGUGGUGUGGGUUGAGGGAUAACCCCAGGCAGGAGUCUGGAGACCUAGGCACUAGUCCUGGCUCUUCCAUAGGAUCCCUCUGUCAUCUUGAGCAAAUUGAUUGCUUCUUGGGCCUCAGUUACUUUAUCUAAUCCUCAUUUGGAUUGGAUGACUUCUGAUACCUUUCCAGUUCUGGCAUCUCCCCAGUGUGGGAGUCCUAAUGGUCUCCCCAAAAAGUCCCAAGAUGACUUCACCAAAGGGACCUCUUUCUCGUCCUGCUCCAUCUUCCCAGUGCAGCCUAGGUAGUGGCUGAGCAGCCCAGAGGAGGAAGCAUGGCUUCUCUGUGAGCACAUGCACGGGUCCCUCCAGCUCUCUCCAGACCUGCAUAGGGUGUCCCUGCUACCUCCUGCCUCUCAGCAGGCUGAAGCAAGACUUUACCCAGGACGACAAGGAGCUGAAAGAGCACAGCUUUUGUGAAUUAAACUUGAAGUCCAGGGAGAACUCUAAUGCUAUUGGUUAAAUAUUCUUGCAAUUUAAACUCUUCAUUCUUUAUCCCUGCUUCAGGCUACUGUUUUGUGUGUAUGUGGGAGAGGGAGAGACAGAGAGAGAGAGAGAAACUAGGAAGUCCGCACCUGGAGCUGAGCGGCACAUCUCACUUCUGGAGAGAUAAAGGAAAUGGGGUGGAGGGGAAGGCAUUGGGCCAGAUGGAUCCUUUCACCACCACCAUCACCAUGUGCAGGAGCUGCAGCAGACCAGCUAGGCCUGCCUGUGGCUAUCCUGGUCUCAGAGUUGCCAUGGCAAUCCAGCCCUCUAGUUAAGGAGCCUAAGGGGAGGGCAGGUGGGGCCUCUGUGCAGAGCAUAGGCAUUGAGCUGGGAGCAACCACCUGACUAGUCACUGUCAUCUGAUCUCUAAGGGACA